ACAAUAAGUAAAAACAAAUAAAUAAAUAAAUAUAUAUAUAUAAUAUUUAAAUAUAAAUAAAAAAAAAUUAAAAAAUCAAUAUUUAUAUAUAUAAUCAAAAAAAAAAAAAAAAAAUCAAAUAAAUAUUACUAAAAAAAAAAAUUAAAUAAAUAUCUAUUUUUACAAAUAUAACAUUUAUAAUUUUUAUAAUAUAUAAAUUUUUUUUAUUUUUUUUAUUGACUAUAAAAAUAAAAUAUUAAAUUAAAAAAUGCAAAGUGAAAAUAUUUUAGAAAAUAUUUUAAAAUCUAUUAAUACCCACUCUUUAUCAUCAUGUCUAAGUUUAUUGCAAAAUUUAGAAUUACCAAAACAAAACAUAUUUGUUGAAUCCCCAGAAAGCCCAGUAGCAAAUGACAUGCCAAAGCUUCUUGAAGAAAAGUCCGUUUGGAGUUUCUCUUUUUAUGGGUGCUUACAACAAUUAACAAUAAUCAGAUCAUGGGUGCCAAACCUAAGCAAAUUACCAAAGAUUCAAAAAAAAAGAUUAUGGGAACAAUGUACUUCAAUGAAGAUUUUCCUUACACAAAAUUCAAGUGAAUCAGAAGAUAAAACAUUUACCAAAAACCCAAAUUUUAAAGAAUUAAUAGAAAAAUGGACCAAUAACCCAACUAAUUAUCUUGCUUCAAUAACCAUUUUAUUCGGUGCUGUUGGAUAUUUAAUAAAAAAUAAUAUAAUUAAAAAUGAAUAUUAUUAUCCAACAGAAAAUAUACCAGUUUAUUAUUAUGAUAGUGACCAAGAGGAAACACAUAGUAAAAAAAAAAAAAAAACUGUUCAUAAUAGUAACAGUUUAAACCAAUCCUCAUCAUCACUAUCAACAUCAACAUCAUCAACAUCAUCAACAUCAUCAACACCAUCCUCAUCUGUUACAUCAUCUCCUAUACCACGUUCGGUUUCAUUACCAUCGUUACCAACUAGAAGAUCACAAAGAAACAGUUUGAACAAAACUCAAAAUAAUAUUCAAUUGAACAAAUCAUCAAAUACAACUACCACCACCACUACCUCAUCUCCUGAAUCCUAUACCCCUAGUAGCUCCCAAAUAUCCUCCCCAAUUACACCAAUGGAUUCAUUGUUGGAUGAAAUUGAAUCUGAUGAAGAUUAUUUUGAAGAAAAACCAAAAAAAAAAAAAUCAAAUAAUAAAUCAAACAAUAAAAAUAAAUCUCCAAAAAGGAAAAUGCUAUCAGAAAGCUAUGAUUACGUUCCAUCUAUGUCACCAACCAAAGAGUUUUCAACGUCUUCCUCUGCAAUUUUUCAAUCACCAUUACUUGGUAUUGUUAAUGAUGAAAUUGAAUUAAUUGAUACAGAAUAUAUUGAUGAAAUUAACAAUACUAAAAAAUUAGAUUUAACCUCAAGUUUAAUAUCAAUUAAAAACUAUAAUAAUAAUUCCUCAAAAGAAAAUGGCUUAGCUUUACUAUCAUCAGCCUCUUCGAUUGAUACUUUUGGCCUAUUAGAUAACCAAAUGGAUUCAUUGUUUGGUUUGGCAAAUAUUGCCACUUCAGAAUUAUAAAAAAUUAAUUAUUUAAUUUUUUUUUUUCUAUAUAUAUAUAUAUAUAUACAUUUAAAAAU